AUGGGGCGCCCCAACAACCCGGCGCCGGGAAUGCGGCUGCUCAGGCCGCCAACAGUAAUUGGUCAGUUCCACACACUUUUCUUUGGCUCAGUUCGAAUGUUUUUCCUUGGCGUUUUGGGCUUUGCAGUUUAUGGAAAUGAGGCCUUGCACUUCAGCUGUGAUCCAGAUAAGAGAGAGCUUAAUCUCUUCUGUUACAAUCAGUUCAGGCCAAUUACUCCUCAGGUAUUCUGGGCAUUACAGCUAGUGACCGUACUGGUACCUGGAGCAGUGUUUCAUCUUUAUGCAGCAUGUAAAACCAUCAAUCAGGAAGAUAUCCUCCAAAAGCCUAUCUACACUAUUUUUUAUAUCCUCACCGUUUUGUUAAGGGUUGUCCUUGAAGUUGUGUCUUUUUGGCUUCAGAGUCACCUCUUUGGUUUCCAGGUGAACCCAGUCUACCGGUGUGAUGCAGGAGCCCUCAAUAAAAAGUUUAAUAUUACCCGUUGCUUGGUGCCAGAACACUUUGAAAAGACAAUUUUCCUCAUUGCUAUGUACACAUUUACUGUGAUUACAUUGGUGUUGUGUGUUGCUGAGAUUUUUGAGAUUUUAUGUAGGAGGCUGGGUUUCUUAAACAAUCAGUGA